AUGUCUACCGCCACUCCACCAGACCCGCUUCCUCGUGACAUCAAUGUCAGCCCCGUCCUCAUUAGCAUCUCAGCUGUCCUGAUCUUCCUAGUAUUCCUUACUACAACUGUUCGCAUCUGGGUGCGGCUUGCCAUGCGUCGUAUGGGCAGGGAUGACUACACCAUGAUAGCUGCGGCGAUUAUCUGCAUAUCUCGAUUUUUCAUACAGGUUGCCCAGGCAAAGUCCGGCAACGGCCGUCAUCGGUGGUAUAUCUCCCACGAUAAAUAUGUUCAUAACAAUAUGUUGGGGUGGGUUGCCCAGCUCCAUCUAUUCGCGGGUGUUUGUGUACUCAAAUGCUCCAUCUUGUUCCUCGUACUCCGCAUCAAAGACUCCAAAAAGUUAAAGCAUAUAAUCUGGGCGAUCAUGACCGGACUGGUCGUGACCAAUCUUGGUUGCAUCAUCAUUCUCUUGGCCGAGUGCACGCCCGUCAGCGCCUACUGGGCAGGCAACGGCGUGUGCUGGGAUGCCAAAGUACGAAUCUACGCCAUUUAUUUUACAAUCGAUGUCUACGCCAUCACUGCUAUCUGGUCCAACCUGGAGCUCUUCCUUGGCGUGAUUGCCGCCAACCUCGCCGUUAGCCGACAGAUAUACGCUUACUUCUUUGGUGAUGGUAACGGAAACUUGGCGAAUAGUAGCUAUUACAACAACUCUGGCUUCCAAACAGGUCCGAAGGGGAGCCGGCUUCAAGACAACGCAAACACGAACAAUUCACAGGCUGCGAACACAAUACGCCGCCAUCCGUCUGCUGCUAGAAGCGACCAUAGUGAUGUCCCCUUAGAAUGGGGCAUCCGGAAGAGAACGGACUUCUGGAUGACGGAGCAAGGCGUCGACAGUGCGUCUACCAAGGACCGUCCUACAUCUCCUGCAAGCUAG